AUGCCUGCCUCAUCUUUACUAUGGAGCGUAGGAUCGCUCGCUCUUUCGUCGAUGAUCUUGCCUGCUGCGGCUAGCAGUUACGAACUUGUCGAGACCUGGAAAGGCGACGAUUUCCUUACAUUAUUCGACUUUUACACCGGUUCUGACCCGACCAAUGGAUUUGUCACAUAUGCGAACCAGAGCUACGCCGAAAGCUCCGGCUUGGUUAAAGUCAACUCAAACGGUACCUUCUACAUGGGUGUCGACCAUACCACAAAAUUGAGCACCACUGGACCCGGCCGGGAGUCGGUCCGUAUUGAGAGCAACAAAUUUUACGACGAGGGUCUGUUUAUCAUCGAUCUCCAGCACAUGCCAGGAAGUGUGUGCGGUACCUGGCCUGCAUUCUGGUCCGUGGGCAAGGAUUGGCCGGGUGACGGUGAGAUUGAUAUCAUUGAGGGCGUCAACAAGAACGAGGCAAACGAGAUUGUGUUGCAUACAAGUGGUACCUGUGAUAUAUCCAGCCAGGCCAUGACCGGUACUAUCUCGUCUACUCAAUGUGGCGAAGAUGCCGGCACUACUGGGUGUGUUGUCAAGGGCACCGAGGGCUCUUCUGGCACGCCAUUCAACGAGAAUGGCGGUGGUGUAUACGCUAUGCAGUGGACAGACGAAUUCAUCAAGUUCUGGUUCUUUGCCCGUGGCUCGAUUCCCAGCUCUAUUACAGAUGGCGCCCCUAAUGUCACCGCGUUUGGCACACCCAUGGCCCACAUGCAAGGCUCUUGCAGCAUCACCGAACAUUUCAAGGCUCAGAAGUUCAUCUUUGAUACCACUUUCUGCGGUGACUGGGCGGGUGGCGUGUACAGUACCUCUGGCUGCCCCGUGAGCGAUAGCAGCAGUUCCUUCAAGAGCUGCGUUGCUUACGUCGCUGAGAACCCGACGGCAUUCGAGGAGUCCUACUGGGAAAUCAACUCUAUCAAGAUCUAC